AUGUGGCCCUGCCUGCUGCUCGCCCUGGCCCUGCUGGGCACUGUCCCCCCCAGCUGCUCCGGCCGUGCCAGCCCCAUGGCAGAGGAGACGGAGCAGGCAAUGGGGCUGGAGGUGCCUGAGGAGGCUGUUGGGGCCAGCGACACACAGACACUCAGCGUCCCCAGCGCGCCGGGCGCCAGCACCCCCACCUACGUCGUGGUGCCCAGGUGCCGGACCUUCCAGCAAGCACAGAGUUUCUGUGCCCGGAGAUACCGUGGGAAAUUGGCCUCGAUCCACAGUGCCAGCACCAACGCCUUCCUGCUGCGCCUGGUGCACCGGCUCAGCAACGCAGGCCUGGUCUGGAUCGGUGCCGUCAGUGACCCCGCCAUCCCAAGACCCCACUGCCACUGGACCGACCGGAGCCCCUGGGACUUCAGCCAGUGGCUGCCCGGGCACCCCCUGCCUGGCCACCACUUCUGCACCAGCCUCUGCACCAAAAAUGCACGCUGGAGGAGCGUGAAAUGCAAGAGGCGGCUGCCCUUCAUCUGUGAGAUAUGA